AUGAACCCAACAACUAACGUUCCUAUCAUAUGCUGGUGGCUGGUGGCUGGUGCCGGGCUCCCUUUUGUAACCUUGCUCAUGGCACAUUGGCACGUAUCGGUUUUGGCUAAAUAUAGGUACAGCAACGGAAGACAGGCACCCGCCGGACAAAAAAAUGCGCACACCUUAAACCGAGCACUAACAAUAUACUUACACUAG